UUCUCCCAGGGGCGGACUGACCAUUCUAGCACUCAGGCACUGCCCGAGGGCCCAGGGUCAGUAGGGGGCCCCAUGAAAUGCCCCUGGUACCUUUUUAUAGGCUUUUAUGGGUGUGCUUUGAGUGUGGGCAAGGACACAGGGGCCCCAAGAUCCCCUAUUGCUCGGGGGCCCCAUGAGUUGUCAGUCUGCCCCUGGCUCCUCCACCUUCUCAGUGUCAUCCAUCAGUGCUGCCCAGCAGUGCCGUCUGUCAGUGCCCAUCAGUGCCGCCCAUCAGUG